UCAAAACAAAUCAAAUUUUAAUUUUAAAAAUGCUGUGUGGAUUUUAGAAUAUUUAGAGUUUAAUGAAAAACAAAUUACAAUAAAAUUAAAUAUGAAUUACUGUCAAAUCUUUAAGAGCUUAAGAAGUAAACUGUUAGUUCCCAACUAUCGCUCAUACAGUAUUGCCUGCAAUAUAGUGCUAGAUAGAAGACAUGAGUGUCCGUAUCGUCCAAAUAAUUUUUUGUUCAAUCAGCCAAUAUUAUCGCCCUGUACAAAUCACAAAAGAAAUAUAUCAAUUGACGGGAUUGUGAAGUGGCAGGAGCAAACGUAUAACAGCAUAGCAAAUAGCAGUCUAGUGAAUUUUAUGCAGGAUGGUUUGCUGUAUUUCCAUGAUACUACUGGCCUAACUUGGUCAGUUACUAUCAUUACCACUACAAUACUUAUUCGCGCAUUUAUGACGCUGCCCCUCACAAUAUACCAGAACUACAUAUUAGCUAAAGUUGAAAACAUUGGAUUAGAGUUGAAAGAUAUGGUUAAUGAAAUGAAAAAGGAGACAGCUAUAGCUAGAAAGAUGUAUAAUCUAAACGAAAAGCAAACCAUGUUAUUGUUUAAAAGGUCUAUGAAAAAGCAGUGGAGAAAUCUUAUUGAGAGAGAUAAUUGUCAUCCACUGAAAGCAACAAUAGUUGUAUGGUUUCAAAUACCCAUUUGGGUGUGUAUGUCAUUUGCACUUAGAAAUCUGGUUAGUAUGCAAAGACCUGAUCCAUCUGCCCUGGUAACAUUUAUGGAAUUAGAAGUUGGCGGUUUUGGCUGGAUUCCAAACUUGACAGAAGUUGACCAUUCUCUUAUACUACCAGUAAUGUUUGGUUUGACCAAUUUGGCAAUUAUUGAAAUACAAAGAAUGUCAAAAUUGCGAGAGCCAUCUAGAAUGUACAAUAUAUUUACCAAUGGUUUUAGAGUUUUCUCCAUAGUCAUGAUACCAAUAGCAGCGAGUGUUCCUUCAUGUAUGUGCCUUUACUGGACAACGUCGAGUCUCUUUGGCUUGGUACAAAACCUGUGUUUACUGUCACCUUCCUUGCGAAGAAAGUUGAAAAUACCAGAAGCUCCGAGUGAACUUGAAGACCCUUAUGGCCACAUGAAAGAAGAAAUCAGUCUUAGAAUAAGAAAAGUGUUGCCUAAGUAAUAAAACUUAAUACUUAAUUUGAUAAAAAAAAUGUUUUAUAUCUUACAGAC